CAUAUUAAGCACAAAUUAGGUGUGAAUACAAAUUGGACUUGUUGCAUUUUUAAUGACGGUAAUCACAAGCCCACACGUACAUAUAAAGCCACAAACCCCCUACUUCGCUUAUCAAUUAUCAUCAUCACCACCACCAUCACCACCGUCUUAAACCAAACAAAACAAAAGCAAGAAAAAGAAAAAGAAAAAGAAACAGAAACUAAAGCCAACAAAGUCCAAGAAAUAAAAAAGAACACAUCAUGAUCCCAUAAUAACAAUGGAAGAAGCAACAACAUCUUCAACAUCAUCAACAAUCAUGGCAGCACUCUCCACUCUCUCUCCCACCACCGUCUCCAAUCUCACCCACUCCAUCAUCUCCGCCACCAACCACCGCACCCACCGCCUCGCCCUCCUCCUCUCCUCCCCAACCCUCUUCUCUCUAACCCUCCACCAUCUCCAUACCCUCUCUCUCCACCAAAAAACCCUCCUCAUCGCGCGCCACCUCCUCUCUUCUCUCCACACACUCACUCGCCACGCCGCAAUGCCGCCGCCAUUGUCAACUUCAAUGCGGCAACGCGAUCUCGACGCGGUUCUCCUCCUUCUCUUGUUCUGCGAGACGCACAACCACAACCCCGAGCUUUUAGAAGAUUCCUUUUCGGAAUGGAGGGUGAAUUUGAGAAGGGCUUUCCGGGAGAAAAUAUUGGCGGCCGUUUCUUUUUGUGGCGGUUUUGGAUUACCAAGUAUUGCAAAGAAGAGAUGCGCGUGGGGAGGGACGUCUGCGAGUUGCCAUGUCAGCAUUUGUUUCAUUGGAUGUGCAUUUUGCCGUGGCUUGGAAAGAGGAACACGUGUCCCUGCUGCCGGCUCAGGUUGCCGUCCGAUGAUGUCUUCGGAGAGAUCCAACGGCUGUGGGGUGUUUUGGUUAAGAUAGGUGAAAAAGAAUGUAGAAGCGGUUAAUUCUGUUGACCUUAUUUCUUGUACUUUAAGACUAUAAUUCUUCGAUUUUACGAAUUUUAUUUAUAAAUAUUUCUCUAAUAUCAGAAUUAAUAGCUAAUUAGAAUUUUAGCUA